GAGGCCAGAGUGAGGAAAUCAUCUCUGACAAGUGAGGAAUAGUGGAGCGUCAAUUUCUGAUCUUUCUAUAAACAUUGCUCCCAGAACUAUUGCUACUGCCACAGGCACUUCUAGACUGAAAAGAUGAAGAUAAUCUUGUCUGGGGCUUUGGUCCUUUACAGUCUUUUAGGAACUAUUGCUCAGACAGACAUGAAACAGGAGGUGUUUGUGUUCCCUAAAGAAUCAUCUGAUGCUCAUGUCCUCCUAAUUCCUCAGAUGAAGAAGCCGCUGCAGAAUCUCACUGUGUGCUUGCGUGCCUACACCGACCUCACCCGUUCCUAUGCUCUGUUCUCCUAUGCCACCAGAACUAAAGACAACGAACUCCUUCUAUUUAAGCCCAGAGUUGGGGAAUAUAAUUUGUACAUUGGGAAUGAAAGGGUUUCUUUUGGAAUCAAUGAUGACCUUUCUUUCCCAGUCCAUAUUUGUGUGAGCUGGGAGUCAGCUUCAGGCAUAGUUGAACUAUGGAUAAAUGAUAAGCCCCUAGUGAGAAAGGGCCUGAAGAAGGGGUAUUUGGUGGGAGCAGAGGCAAAGAUUGUCCUGGGGCAAGAGCAAGAUUCCUUUGGGGGACAUUUUGAUAGUAAACAGUCCUUUGUGGGAGAAAUUGGGGAAGUUCACAUGUGGGAUUUUGUACUUUCUCCACAACAGGUUCAUUCUUUGUACAGUGGUCAGACCUAGUGCCAAUAUCCUAGACUGGGGAGCACUGAAUUAUUUGAUAAAAGGUUAUGUGGUCACCAAACCCCAGCUGUGGUCCUGAAUCUCUGA